AUGGCUGACAGCUUGGAAUUGAGACGAUCUGAUAGACUCAAAGACUUGGAUCCAGUUGAUUACGACGAGGGCAGCGUCAGUGGCUCCCAGCCCGAGUCCGAACCCAAGCCUGCGUAUGGAAAACGGAAAAGGGAAAUAUCAGACGACGGAAGCGAUUAUAGGCCGUCUAGGGAAGGCACGCCGGUCAAUGACACUCCGAAGACUCCAAAACGGAGAGUGAGUCGCAAGUCCGGCAUUACAAACGGUGCACGACAGCGAGCGGUCAAGGCGUCUCGGAACGGAGGUGCCUGUAUUAUAUCAGGCUUAAAGGACAAGUCAGUGCAACAGUGCCAUGUCUUGCCACGCGCCACAGACGCGCGUAUCCUCACCUCCCUGGAGUGGUGGUGGGGCAUCAACAAAGAAGGCCUCAACGUAGAUUCUAGCCGCAAUAUGGCUUUCCGUGCGUCUUCGUUCUCGGAGGCAUGUCGAUACGCGUGGGCUUACUUGCAUACAGUUCGUGGCGACCUCCAUGUAUUGUGGGAUCGUGGAGACAUCCUUAUUGCUCCGAUGCCCGACGUGGUGGACGCAUAUGUGGAAAAAUACAAGGAUGGUGAAAGACACGACAUUUUGGAGGUCAUCGGCAAGAAAAAGAUCCACCGGUACUGUGUGAUCCCCCACCCUAGCCUCUCAGGUGGUGCACGCUCUAGGGCAAAGCGUGCAAUCCGCCAAGGGUUCACCAACGGGUUCCACAAGCUCAACUUUGUGCCGUCCCACGCGCGGCCACACUUCAUGAUCGUGAAUGCCGCCAUGAAGAUGAUGGAGAACAAAGAGCUGUGGGUGAAGAGUCUGCAGGAGUUCUACGAAAGAGUUCACCUCAAAGUCGAUGCAUCCCGCGUUGUGGAGAAAUUCUUGAGAUUGAACGCGUUGUGGACUGCGCCACCACCGGGGGAGGCACAAUUGAGGAGGAAACAGGAACAUAUGCUUCCUAUGAACAUUCCGACAGGCGUACAAAGGACGCCUGAACGGUCGAAGGACCGCAAACCGGAGGCUCGCAAGUCCAACGGUGAAGCGCGCGUUAACACCCUCAAGUCGCAAGUCGCCCAAUUGGCUCCUACUGGACCAGGGUGCUUGUUGACCCAUCAAGACGACAAGUCGAUUCAGGGAUGUCACGUUAUUCCGCGAAGAACCGACGAUGAUUUGCGUAAGCAGCUGGCGGCAUGGUGGGGGCUUGAAGAUUUCGACAUCGACACACCUUUCAACCUCUUCUUGCUAAGGGCUGAUAUCCACUCAUUGUGGGACAAAGGACAUAUCAUAUUCGUGCCUGAGCCUCAAAUCAUUGGUGAUUACAUGAAACAAUACAUUUCUCCCAUCAAUGUAGGCGUGCCACUCGACGAACCAUUUAGAGUGUGCAAUGGUCCCCUUUACAAAUACUGCGCCAUCGGCCAUCGCGACCUUCCCCGCUCAGAAGCAGAAAGUAAUUUUCCGAGGGCCCUUGACACCGUGGGCUGGGUGUUUUCCCGCGUUCCUCCUCAUUUCGUCACAUACAAUGUCGGUCUGGCGCUAUCCAAGAGUAACGGGCCAGGUGGCUUUGAAGCAGCUCUAGACGCCUUCUACAAGGAGCACAAUAUCGAAUAUAAGGCGCUCAACGUAUUCACUGGUAUCAAAGACAUCUGCACCCGAUGGUUACGAGGCAUGCCGUACGACGGCAGCACGGAUUCCGAUACCGAAUCAGUCUUCAGCAUGGGUUCCACUACCGAAGAGGUCUCUAGCAUGGAUUCUACCACCGAAGAAGCCUUCAGCAUGGAUUCCGCCACCGAAGCAGCCUUUUUUAUGGACUCAGAUACAGAAGAAGCCUGCCGGACGGAUUCCGCUACCGAAAAAGCCUUCAGCUGGGAUCCCGCUACCGAAGCAGCCUUUUGGAUGGAUUCCGAUACCGAAGAAGCCUGUUGGACGGAUUCCGCUACCGAAGAAGUCUUCAGCAUGGACCCUGCUGCCGAAGAAGCCUGUUGGACGGAUUCUACUACCGAAGAAGUCUUCAGCUGGGAUCCCGCUGCCGAAGAAGCUUUUUGGCUGGACUAG